UGGAAGCCAGCACCUCCACGAGGUCCGCAGCAUUCACGCAGUGUUCGAAUAGCAUCGAGGGUACCUCAUGAUGGAAGCGAGUUUUGGUCAAACAAAUCGGCAGCUUCGAGGCGUACAUGGUCGAGCAUCCUCGGCAGUCGUCUGUCCCAGAAGCACGCAAUAUCCUAUUUGCACGACAGUUCUCUGUGUGUGUGGUGCGAUGGUCCAACGCGAACGCGACGAGGAGCACGGGAAGGGCCAGUUGGCUUGCCCCCCCAACUGCCCAGUGCGGUCACGAAAUCGGCGCGACCGUUCAAAGGCAGCGACGCACUUGUUCACUUGCAACUAACGUUGUGUGAGGCGCCGCUAUGAAUCACCACCUCAAAUUGACGUACUUCGACAUGGCAGGGCGGGCUGAACCGACCCGGCUGGCGCUGACGAUUGCCGGCGUGCCGUUCGAAGACGACCGCGUGUCGUGGGGACAGUGGCCGUCGAUAAAGACGACGGUGCCAUUUCACCAGCUCCCCGUCCUCCAUGUGGACGGCCAGGUGCUGUGCCAAUCCCACGCGAUCGCUCGCUAUGUAGGGUCGCUCACGGGGCUCUACCCCGAGGGCAACAAGUUGUUGGCCUGCCGCGUCGACGAAGUCAGUGACUACGUCGAGGACAUCAUGCGCACCAUCUACGCGACUGUGCACGACAAGGACCCGGGAAACACGAAAGCGAUGUGCACGAAGCUGGCGGCCGUGACAUUGCCGGAGAUGUUUGGGCUGCUAGACGCCCGACUCGCCGACACGGGCGUGAACAGCCCGUGGUUCCUGAGCGGGAUGACGGUGGCCGAUCUCGACGUGUACUGCAUGGUGGCUUUCAUAAAGUCGAAGUUCUUGGACCACCUUCCCGUCAACCUGUGCGACGACUACCCCAAGAUCAUGGGCAUCUUCAAGGCGGUGGCCAGCCACCCAGCGGUGAUCGCAUGGAAUAAGGCGCACACGAAGGUCGAAUGAAGGAAGAAGAGCGGGAUUUUGCAGGGCUGCGUAAUGAAAACGCAUACCUACGUCACGAUGGCCGGGAAGGCAGUAGUGUGGUAGAGCAUACAGCACAAAUUGUCG